GUCUAACCUCCACAAUGUGCACUACACAUCGCCGUUCGGAUGGUGACACGUGGAAGCGCAGAAUAUUUAUUUGUUUUGCUUUAUGCGGGGCCGGGCCGGGUUUGUAAAUGAAUAAUCCGCCUCUUCACUGUUCUGGGUUUGUGUUGGUCAAAGGCCACUACAUUCAUAGGAUGUUGACACGUGUGCCUAACUAUUGCCUAGUCCCUACUUCAGAAAAUUAAAAUUUUGCUAGGACACGUUUCGGUCCUUCCUUUUUUUUAAUUUUCAUGUUCCUUUUUUACAAGCCGUUGGAUUAGCUUUCUAAUUGGCUUCGAACAGAAGCUUCUCCAAUUUCAUGAACACAAGUUUGAAAAUUUUGAGAGUUUCGUCACUUGCGUCGGAUUUCAUGCUCUUCUUCCACGACUUCGACCAAGAGGAAUAAAUUGUGUUUUAAAACGCGAACACGACGCAUUAUUCGAGCCUGCAAAUUUUUUCUUGGUUUGUUAUUUUUUUUACGGUGUUGUUCGCUGGAAAGGCCUUCGUGAAGUGAUUAACGAAGAGAGCUGUGGUUGGCCUUGGUAAAGGUCCUGGUUCCUUGGAUUUGGAGCAAAUGAAUAUAGAUUUGAAUGCUAGUCCUCGGAAUGAUGGUCUUGAAGACAGUUUCACCGACAAUCUGUGUAUGGAUGCAUUUCCCAAUAAUGAUGAUACAAGUGAGGAUGAAGAGGAACAAGUGUUUGAGUUGAGCAGUUCUCCUCAAGAAAAUUAUUCGAGUGAUGAUGGUGAAGCAACUGGAGUCGGGGAAGAUGCUGAAGCAACUGGAGAUGGGGAAGAUGAUGAAGAAACUGGAGAUGGGGAUGAUGAUGAUGAAGCUACUGGAGAUGGUGAAGAUUGUCGUCAAUCCAAGAAUUCUGCUGAUGCGGAAGUCGCUGACACAGAAGUUGGUGAACGUUCAGUGCAGGUUUCGAAACAAUUAGUGGAAAGUUUGUUGAACGUUGGUUGUUAUGUUGAUACCUUGGACGAGGUCCAUGUGUUGUAUCGUGAGUAUGGACGGCUGUCUGGAUUUUCAGUUAGAAAAGGAAGUCAAUCGUAUUUCCUCAAUUCGAUGACAGUUCGAUCAAAGAUGUAUAAUUGUUCAUGCGAGGGCUUGCCUGAUAAUAAGUGCUCCAUCGGGAGAGUUCCGGUAUGCAAAAGACAGUCGUAUAGGUGCAAUUGCAAGGUGAAGCUCCGUGUUGCUCGAGAUGAAGGUGACUCACCAUGGAAGGUGACCAUUUUCGAUAACGACCACAACCACAAAUUGCUUGACCCUAGCGAGAGUUACAUGCUCCGUUCAGCCCGCAAUAUGUCUCAAUCAAAGAAGACUUUGCUCAUUGCAUUGACGUCUAGCGGCAUUGGUGUUAGUCGGGCUUACCGUUUUUUGGAGAAUGAAGCAGGUUGUCGUGCUAAUGUAGGCUUUCUACGCAAGGAUGUGUAUAACGCCCUCAAUAUUGAGCGUAGAGAAAUGUCGAAAGUUGAAAAUGCAGAUGUGAAUCGGCUUAUUGAGUAUUUCACCGAUAAAGGUUUGCGUGACCCAUCAUUCUAUUGGAAGGUGAAGGUUGGGGAUGACGGACGACUUAAGAACCUCCUUUUCCGCGAUACAAGGUGCCUCAUUGAUUACCAACAUUUCGGUGAUGUUCUUUCUGUUGAUGCCACUUAUAAAACUAACAAGUACGACUUGGUUUGUGUUCCUAUUAUUGGAAUCAACCAUCAUCGCACAAAUGUGAUGUUUGCAAUGGCCUUCUUGUCAAAUGAGAAAACAGAAUCAUAUGAAUGGUUGUUUUCAACGUUUCUCGAGUCGAUGUAUCGUAAGGAGCCGACCAUUAUUUUCUCAGACCAAGAUCAAGCUCUAAUGAAUGGGCUCGAUAACACAUUUCGCGAGGCAUCACAUAGGCUAUGUCAGUGGCACAUAAACAAAAAUGCCGGGAAGCAAUUUGGCAAGUUGAACUACAACAAAGAAUUCAAGACUUUAUGGUAUCGUUGUAUGAAUGGCUGUGAAAACGCCAUUGAGUUUGAUGCAACGUGGAGUAGUAUGAUUGGGCAGUUCAAUUUAUCGGGGAAUAGAUGGUUUAAAAGCAUGUAUAACCUUAGGAAGCGAUGGUCCUCUGCUUUCACUGUACACAAAUUUUCCGGUGGGUUGCAUGCUACUUCUAGAAGUGAAGUAACGAACAAGGUGAUUAAAGAAUUGUGCAGUUGUACCUCUAGUGUGUACGAGUUCGUCAUUGGUUUUGAGAAGAUGCAAAAAAAUUGGCGUACUCGUGAGUUUGAGGAGGACGUGUUAUGUCGGGGCAUGCCCGGCAUGUUUAUACAAAGGUCCGGUAUUUUGGUGCAGCUAGGUGAGUUGUGCACUCGGAAUAUUUUCAAAUUGUUUGAGGCUGAAGUAUUGUAUUCCAUAACUGUGAAGAUGACCGAAGAAACAAUUGAUCUAAAUGUGGAAGUGUGGGUCUUCAAGGUAGUUUCGUCGACUGCGAUCAAAGGUUACCGCGUUGUGAUGGUGAAUCAAGAAACGAAAAAAGGUACUUGUUCCUGUCAUAAGUGGGAAACGGAAGGAAUUAUUUGUCGGCAUCUAUUUAAAGUCUAUUUUCAUUUGAAUUUGGAUCGGAUUCCGGACGAAAUGGUGUUGAAUCGGUGGCGUCGUGACUCGAAGGACCGGAUACCAAUUUCUGAGCGGGCUAUCGAAAGUUGCGGACCAAACAACUUUUCCAACAUGGUGUUCGUCACUCACAACACCAAGCGUGUGUAUGAUUUGAUGAGUGAAUGCAAGGACAAUAAGACUUGUCGGGAUGCAAUAGAUGAAUAUAUUGGGAAGAUGAUGGAUGGUGUCCGUAAGUUGUUGAAGGGUUCCAAGAGUGAGAAGAAAGAAGCCUUGCAUCGGCCCAUAAGAAAUCCGAUUUCGAAAAAGAAACGUGCUUCUCGGCGGAAGAUGUGUAGUAAAAUGUGGGAACGUGGAAGCCAACGCAAUAGCCAUGCAACAAACAAUGCUGGCGAAAGUGAUGACGAGGAAGAGGAUCGUGUUCGGAGUUCCUUUGGUCGUCCAGAGUCCAUAAUGCGUGAUCGUGAUGAUGCCUCUCCUGAUCGCUUUUCAAUGGAAUAGUUGUUGUGGUGUGAGGUCUUGAAUUUUUUGAAUGAGCACUCAUGUUUCUUAGCAGACUUAAGGUUUUCUCUUCAUUGUGGCUGCUCCAGUUGUUACGUGUUUGUGCUAUGAAUACUACUACAAAUCAAUUUUCU